AAAAAGAAUUGUGCAUUAAGUGAAGAAAUAAACGCGUUUUGUUUUUGAAAUCAAUAUAAAUUAAUAAACCAAAAACGGAAUAACGCAAAUGCAGCUUCAAGCACUCGCAUCGUUUACAUAAAAGGAGAACAAAAUUCUGUGCUGCAGCAAAGGAAUUUUUGCUAUUGCAGAAAAAAAAAACGAAAAACGAAAACGACAAAAUACAUAGUGCGAUCUACGUCACAGAAUUGUGCGAGAGUGUGAGUGAGACGGACUGCUGCCUGCCUGCACCCCCGGAAAUGUAACGCAUACGCACACACACUCGCUCGCACACACAGGCACGAAGGCAUAAGAAAAACUUGCACCUGAAAGUUUGUUCGUGACUUCGUGGUGCGCCUUCGUGUUCACUCGUGCGUCGUUGCACCAACUGCCGAACGAGACCAAACCGAAAUUCUCUUAAGUACAAAAGGCUAAGGCAAACGCAGCCAUAUAAAGGCAACCAACAGCAGCAACAUGGACUCGCUUAAGUUACCCAAAACUAACAGCUCCAAUAGCAGCGCCAGCGGCAGCAAUAGCAACCUUUCCGGCUCGGCAUCGACAUCCGUUGUUGGCAGCCUGGCCACCACGCCCACAUCGGCAGUGCCGCCCACAGCUGCGACCACAAUUAAGACGCCACCCGGCCUGAGCAGCAGCACACCCAUCGCAGUGCGCUUCAAUGCCAAUCAGGAGUCGCUCGAUGACAUACUCCAGUCGUUCCAUCACAACGCAGCGGCGCAUCAGCACAGCAGCCACAGCCCCAGCGGCGGCAUCAGCGGCGGCGGCGAUGCCUCGCCCACUCUGCUGGGCCUCAAGAAUAACGGCAGCGUGGGCGCUGCCCUUGGCAUGUUGGUGAAUCCCUGUGACUCGCAUUCGCUCUCCAGCAGUCCCUCACAACAGCAACAGCAACAGCAGCAGCAGCAGCAACAACACCAGCAGCAACAUCUACAUCAGCAACAGCAGCAACUCUUUGGUAACGAGGAGGUGAAUCUGCGCAACAGUUAUCUGCAAGGCGGCGGCGGCGGCGGCGGAGGAGGUCAAGGACAAGGCAACAACGGCGGAGCAGGCGGAGGCUUCUUCAAUCGCAAAAGCUGCAGCGGUCUGCCGCCCAAUCUGAAUCUCAGCAAGCCGCCGCCCCAGCUCCAGCAGCAGCAGCAGUUGUCGCCCAAUCUGAGUGCACUGCACCAUCAUCAUCAACAGCAGCAACAGCGCGAUGGCGGCGGCGCGCACAGUCCCUCCUCGCCAGGUGGUGGCGGCGGAGGUGGCGGUGGUGGUGGUGGUGGCUCACCGUAUAACGGCUCUCAGGCGGGCUGCAGCAGCGGCGGCAUCUCGCCCAUACCGCAAAUGAACAUGCAGGGCGUUUCGCCCAAAUACAGACGGAGCAUAUCGUUUCCCAUCAAGGGCAACUCACCGACGGCGCUCUAUGGCUGCGGCGGCGGAGGUGGCGGCGGCAUGGAUGGCAUGGGCGGCGCUGGACCAGGUCCCGGUCCCGGCCACAUGAACAUACCCACGCUGUCCAUUGGCAAUGGCGGUGCUGGUGGCGGCGGCGGCGGCGGCGGUGGCAUGGGCACGGCAGGUGCCACAGGCGGCGGCGAUGCGCCUUACCUGGGCAACAGCUAUGGCAACAUGAUGAACGCCAACGGGCAGCUCCAUCAUGGCGGCGGCAUGGAGAACAGCCUCAGCGACUACAUGCGCGGCAUGUCGCUGGGCGGCCCUGGCGGCGAGAACAUGGGCCUGAUGACGGAUCGCAUGCGCAGCCUGACUGGCGGCGGCGGUGUCUCGAAGCAUCUGAGCGAGGCCGAUGCCAUGGCCAUAGCCGCCGGCAACGAUCCGACGGUCUACUUGAAUGCGCUGAAGAUGGGCUCGCCGUCGCGCCUGUCGCCCCACUCGCCGCACUCGCCCAUCCAGGGCGGCAACGGAGGCAACGCCGGGGAGUGCACGGCGCGCUUCUCGCGCAAGGUGUUUGUGGGCGGGCUGCCGCCGGACAUUGAUGAGGACGAGAUCACCACAUCGUUUCGUCGGUUUGGGCCGCUGGUCGUGGAUUGGCCGCACAAGGCCGAGUCCAAGUCGUAUUUUCCGCCCAAGGGCUAUGCGUUUCUGCUGUUCCAGGACGAGAGCAGCGUGCAGCAGCUGAUUGACUCGUGCAUCACGGACGAGGACAAGCUCUACUUAUGCGUCUCCUCGCCCACCAUCAAGGACAAGGCGGUGCAGAUUCGGCCCUGGCGCUUGGCCGACGCCGACUAUGUGCUCGAUGCCACCAUGUCGCUGGAUCCUCGCAAGACGGUCUUCGUUGGGGGCGUGCCGCGCCCGCUGAAGGCCUUCGAGCUGGCCAUGAUCAUGGAUCGCCUGUAUGGCGGCGUAUGCUAUGCGGGAAUCGACACAGAUCCCGAGCUGAAGUACCCGAAGGGCGCUGGCCGCGUGGCCUUCUCCAAUCAGCAGAGCUACAUCGCAGCCAUCUCGGCGCGCUUCGUGCAGCUGCAGCACGGCGACAUCGACAAGAGAGUGGAGGUCAAGCCCUACGUGCUGGACGAUCAGAUGUGCGACGAGUGCGAGGGCCAGCGCUGCGGCGGCAAGUUUGCGCCGUUCUUCUGCGCGAAUGUCACCUGCUUGCAGUACUACUGCGAGCACUGCUGGGCCGUCAUCCACUCGCGGCCCGGGCGCGAGUACCACAAGCCGCUGGUCAAGGAGGGCGCCGAUCGGCCGCGUGCGGUGCCCUUUCGCUGGUGUUAACGGCGGCGCUGGUAGGCCGCGCUGCACGAUGAGAGACGCCAACAGAGAGAGCAACGACAUCGGUUGUUGGACGCAGCGCUGGCAAUGCCCAGAGAUAUUAUCAACAAUACACAGGCGCGACAGGAGCGAGAGAAUCGACUGGAUCGUCAGCAUCGGCUGAUCCAUCGAGCCCAGGAUGCUGAGUGCGAGGGACGCGACCGAGUGCGUCCGCAGCGCAGGAGAAAGUUGUAAUUAGUAUAUAAGGCAAGCUGACAAACCAACACGCUCACACCCACAAAGACACACACACUGACGCGCGAGACACUAUAUACAAAUGAAGACACACACACUUACACUCACACACGGAGAGAAUCGAGCACACGCAGGCGAGGCUAAUGUAAAACCAGGUGCAAUAGCGCAGCAACUCACCCAGUAAGGGUAUUUGUGCCCAGCGCAAUAGCUGACAAGAAAGAGUCUACGCUGGUCUAACAGCAUAGUUUAAGUUGAAGAAGAAGGAGCAGAAACACCCCUUUUCUUCUCGGAAUCUUUGAGUAGUUUUUCUCUCACGCAUAGGAAGCGAAACGCAAGCACAGUAUUUUUUUAUUUUUUUUUAAAUGUUUAUUUUAAUAAUUUGUAUUUCAUAUAUAUAUAUUUAGAGUAUUUCUAUAUGCAUAUAUAUAUAUGGAAUACUUAGUAAGAAUUUGAUUAGGUGAAACAUAAUGAAUUGCCAAGACCACUGCCGAAAAGAGAGAAAGUUAGAUGUGGUAUUAUGAGUAGGCCCAUUUACGAAAACAGCCAUCGCAUACCUACAAAAAUAAAAAACAAGCAAACAAACAAUCAAACGAGAGAAUAAUCACACUGUAAAUGGGCUUGCAAAUAAUUGUCCUGAUUCUUUCUUUUUUUCGAAACGGAGGUGUGUCACUAACGAAGGAGAGAAAAUACCCCCAAGUUCCUAGUUAUUAUGUAUAGAAAUAUUUUGAUUUUCGAUAAGUGAGACGUAACCAAAUUUCAAUGUUUUACCCCAAGUAUAUGUGGCUAAAACAUGCGUGUUUAACUGCCGAAUGGCAAGAUUUAUAUAGAAGCUUUAAACUGUUUUUUUAUUAAUUUGUUUAAAAAAAUUGUUGCUAAACCCCACACACAAAUUAAAUAGAGAUAAUUGCCUUCCCAUUUCGUUUAAUAUUUGUUGACGUAUCACUGGGAUCGCCCGCUCAGUGUACGUUUAACAAAAUCGUGGCAGAUUUUUAACACAUUUGCUCUUUCACACACACACUGUAAAUAUAUAUAUACAUAUAUAUGAUAUGUAUAUUUAUAUACAGAAGUAGGUAUAUAAAUAAUAUUACUUGGUGAUUAAGUAAUUUUCGCGGCUUAAGCUCACGAGAAUCGUAAAUAUUUCCUUAAAAAAAAUUCGAGAUUCGAGAUUUAUUUACGCUAUGUUGACUAUGCUCUCGCAACUAGGCAAAUUACGUUGCAUGUGAAAAUCGUACGAGUAAACAGGCCAAAGGGCCACAAAAAACAAAUUUGAAUAUAUAUCAAUAUAUAUAUAUAUUCUUUGUUAUAAAAAAUCAUAUAAUUAUGGAUACGCUUACUUUUAUCAAAAUUGCUCCCAACAUAGAAUAAACAAAUCAGCUGGAAACAACAUUUGAUACAAAUUUUAGAAAAUUCCGAUAUAAUUCUCGGAUUAAAAACUCUUCUUCCACACACUACGAUUUUUCCUUGCUUCGUAAUUUCAAUUCAGAAAUUUUUCAAACACUUCUUUUGUCAGUAACAUUUGGCAACAACUGCAUUGUUGCCCAUUUCUAGUUGAAGCCUAGUCAGCGGGCACACAGAUAGAUAAUUACAACCCUAUAUAAACCCGACGACAUCCAAAAUUUCCCUAUCGAUUAUUGAAGCUAUCUUAUAUACACGCACACUUUCCUGCAUAUACACUCAUUACACAUUGAUCAGAUCGACACACACUUAUAAAUGCUGCUAAAAAUACCAAAAGAUUUUUGUUCCCAAUGAAUGUAACGAACUAACUGGAAAAUAAAAGUCACACAAAUGAUUGUUAA